AUGACUCUCCUAGACAAUCUCGAAUCAAUCAUCCGGGCCGACCAGCCCAGCUGCCCGUCCACGGCGGAGGCCCUUGCCAAGAUAGGAUCCCCGACAACGUCCAUCGCCGUGCUCGAGGAUGGCGUGGUCUCGUCGCGCUGCUUUUCUACUGUCGGUGACGACACCGAGACCGUCUUCCAGGCGUGCAGCAUAUCCAAGCCUGUCGCUGCUAUGGCCAUCAUGAAGCUCAUCGACGAGGGCAAGUUCAAGCUGGAGAGCACCAUCGCCGAGCUCCUCCCGGCGGACGUCCUGGAGAUCCUGACGGAAGAUUCUCCCAAGAGCCAAAGGUCGAUGAUCGAAAAGAUUACCGUCAAACAGCUCAUGAGCCACACUGCCGGGCUUUCAGCGCAUGGAUUCCCAGGAUACGCAACCUCGCUGGGGAACACUCAUGUUCCGUCAGCUCGAGAGGUGCUUCGAGGACGUCGGCCCGUAAACACGGAGCGCGUGCGCCUGGAGGGGCUCCCCGGCCAAGCGUUUUCCUACUCUGGCGGCGGUAUCACCGUGCUUCAAAUCAUCCUGGAGACUGUCACGGGAAAAGACUUUCCAACCCUCAUGCGCGAGAUUGUCCUUGAGCCGCUGGGCAUGACACGGUCCAGUUACGGCGGGCUGCGCGACGGCGAGAAGAAUGCGGCUGCAGCGCACUACACUGGUUACGCGCCGUGCGAGGUCGCCCAUCGCGUGAACCCGGAGGAAGCGGCCGCAGGUCUCUGGACGACGCCGACCGACCUGCUGAGGGUCGUGCAGGCCGUUCAAAAGUCGCUCGACGGUGAUGAUGGGUUUCUGCGCCGCGACACGGCACGACAGAUGCUCACCGAAGUGGAUUCGAACAUGGCCCUCUCCUGGUUCGUCGGCGGCAAAGGAAAGACAUUGUUCGAGCACGGCGGCUCGAACGACCCGGGAUUUCGGUGCUCAGUCACAGGCUUCGCAGACCUUCCCGGAAGAGAAGAAGGGGAUGCGCCCGCGCCGCGUCACUCUGGAGUUGCGAUAAUGACAAACUCAGCACUUGGUGUCAAAGCGCUAUGGAGGGUCGGGCAGGCAGUGGCGCUCCUGAAGGGUUGGCCACAGGUUCACUGUUGGUUCGCCAAGGGAAUGCCGGCCACGCCGUACACGCUGCCGAACGAAAACCCAGGAAAGGCCUGGCAGCCCUGGGCGGGCAAGUGGACGGACGGGAGGCACGAGCUGAUCAUCAAGGCAGACGGUGAUGGGAAACCCGUGGUUGACUAUGAUGGGCUCGCCGACAUUAGGCUCUUGCCUGCUGCAAUACCGAUGGCCAUGGUAGAAGGCGAGAAUGAGUACUGCGCCUUUGUGCUCGAGGGGCUGGAGCUGCUGCUCCAUCUCAAGGUCAAGGAUGGCGAGGGCAAGGCGGUAUUGAAGCUGCUGGCGGCGGGCAAGGACAAGGAGUUGACGAGGAUUGGGGAAUAG